UGCCUUUUGUAACAUUAAUACUCCUUUAUUUGAGCUAGCUGAAUUCUGUUGUUUUACUCAAAUAUUCUCUACAACAGCUUUUAAAUAGUCUUUUUUUUCUGUCUUGCCUCUCUCUAAACCAAUGAUUACCAACCUCAGCUAUAUUGGAAUCACCUUAGAAGAUUAAAAUCAACAGUAGUUCUGGGUUCUAUCCCCAGAUAUUCUGAUUUAAGUAAUUUAGAGGUGGGCUGUAGUUGAUUGGUUAAAAUCUCUACAGGUGAUUCUAGUGCUCAGCAAACACCACAAAACCAGUGUUUCCAGAAACUUUCUGAUAGUAAUUGCCUGGGAUACUACUUGUAAAUAGAUAUUCUUGGACUUCUCCUCUAGAUCUGGAACGGAACCCAGUGAUAUACAUAUUUACUAUAAUGUACAAGUAAUUCUUAUAAUUAGGAAAGUUUAGAAAACACUUCUGUAAUCUGCCCUUCACCUUGCUGCUAAAAUAAUCUUUGUAAAACAUAUAAUUUUCUAGCCAAAGAACUUUAAAUAACUUGUUAUUGCAUCUUAGAUGAAGCAUAAAUUCUUGGGCAGAACAUACAAGAUCACUCACAGCCCGUUAGGUUUGUUCAUGUUUUUUGUGUCUUUUUGCCUGAAAUCCCCUGCCUUUGCUUUCUUACCUAGAAAACUGACACAUACUUAAAGGCUAAGUUCAAGGGUUACCUAUUCUAUGUGACUGUCCUGCCUCCCAUUAAGGAGAAUUUUUCUUCUUUUUCUGACAUUCCAUAGCACUUGGUACUAACAUCUAUUAUAUGUUAGUGGGGACAUGUUUUCAGUUUCUGAAAAAACACUGUUUUCUUUUCCUUGUACUCCUCAGUGCCUCGUAUAAUGCCUAGCACAAAAGAAGUGCUCAAUGAAAGUUAGUUGAAUAAAUGAGUGUGUUAGUAAAGAUUUAUUCUACCCUAUGUCAGCACUUCAGUUUAUUCCUUGAGUAAUGGACUGAAUUUUGAAAAGUUGGCUAGCAUUAGUUGCUAUACUGUUUUUGCUAAUUAAUUUUAAUCUUUUUUUUUUUUGCACUGGCCUGUCAUUGGUGAGUUUUAAUAGGCCUCUUUAAGUCAUGAUCUUUCUAUUUUUUAAUAGAAAAUAUAUGCAGUCUGCAUUCCAUGUUUAUCAGGUAUCUUCGUUAGAAUAGCAUGGAGCCUGAAAGUUGCCAUACACCAGUGUUUGGGUUAAAGCUCAUACAUUAUCUGAUCUAAGGUAAGAUGUCUUUCUCACUCUCUGUCCCUGCCAACAUUUUUGCACAUUCAAGGAAAGUGACUCCAUGGCCAAAAUAACAAAAGCCAGGGGUGAAGUAGGGGAAACAAAACAAAACAGAACUCUGAUUAAACGCAAAAGGAAAACAGCCAAUGCUAGAGGGAAAAAAGAAAAGGUGAAAGAGCAGCAGAUUUGGUUAUUAGAAGCUAUAAAGUGAAAUCCUUUAUAUUUUUUUCCUAUAACAUUUUAGGUCUUUCUAAAUUUGCCUAAGGCAACUUAACUUUUCGAGGGAAGAUUUUUUUUUUUAUUGUCCAGUGUUUUGGUGCCAAUUUUUGUAGCACAAACUGAAGCUAAAUUUGCAGCCAGUUAGCAUAUAAUUUAUUUUAAAAGCUUAAAUAGGAUCUUUUCCAUGCAAGGUAAAGCUUUUAAAGUACAAAGCCAGCAAGAGCAGUGAAUAGUUCUUACUCAUUUUAGGUGUUGAUGGAGUGGAUUGGGUAUAUUUCAGCUGGCCUCCUCAAUCCAAGCAGCAAAUGCAACACUCUCUGACAUCGUUCUGGAAUGAGGGAGAGGCUCUUUGUGUAAGAGUUCGAAAUGUUGUCUUUUGUGGCAAGGAUAAUGUGAUUUUAUGUCAGCUCUCCCCGUUUUCCUCUUUUGCCGAGGCACCAGCAUCAUCAUGCCCUUGAAUUGAGAAUCCAUGGAUACAGCACCAAUUGCCAAAUAAGAGUCUUCUUCUGAUGCUUGUUGGUCCUCAUUCUAAUUAUCACUUAGCUUUACAAAGUACUUUUUAUCUGAGUGUUCCAAAUAAAUGACUGAUUCUUUGACCCUUGAAAGAAAAUGGUAUUAUCUCAUUUUUCUUUACAGUGUUCAUAACAGCAGAUUACAUAUCUUUUCUAUUCAGUGGUAGAGAUAGAAAAGAUGGCCUCCCCUGGAUAUUAAAAACUUCACAGUGGGGAGAAGGUGGUGUCAGAUUUACUCUUUAGGGCUUGGUCCAUAGACUAUAAAUGUAUCUUCAGUGCUAUAUUAGGUUAGCACAAGGUUUUCCAGUUGUUUCUGUCUCUGGGGUACUAUGUGGUCUUAGCUACCUGGACACCCUUCUCUACUAGGCUUGCUUGAUUGGGUUUCAAGAAGAGGAUACUUGCUACAUUUAUUACAUUUAUUUCUAUUUAAGACAGAGCCACUGAAACAGAGAAGGGAAAAAUUAUUUGUCUCAGAGCAAAAAGUUACUCAUUAUUGAAUCUAGUUCCACAAUAGCAAACUAUUGAUUUCUACCUGUGCUAUGUGCUUUGGUGUUUCUGUCACAUAUUUUUUUUUCCUUUUACAUUAUUUUUAUUGUCUUUUAUAAUAAUAUUUAACUUUAGGAUAAGUUUAAAUAGAUGCCAAAUAAAAGACCCAUCCGAAAAAGCGUGUAAGUAGUAAAACCACUGAUUCUUUGACCCUUGAAAGAAAAAGAAACAGUUAUGCUUACAAGUUUAAAAGAAUUGAGUUGGAUGAUUCUGAAAGGAUGUAGCCUUGUUAUUAACGCUGAAAAGUUUAAUUACAUUUCAUUAUACUAUAGUAGCUUCUCUUAAUUGCUAAAAGGGGACUAUGAAAGCAGAAACAAAAAUGCUUAAUCUCUAGGAGCUAGAUUUUCCUCGCUGCUUUGUAAUGUAAAUGUGCCUGUGUGUAUAUUAAAAUUCACACACUCCAUCCAUCUCACUGGCUUUUAAUGGAGGGGUCACCUGACUUCACCUAGAGCCGCCCCCCUCCCUUUCCCAGAGGAAACCCAAAAGUGAGAGACAGGCGCAUAGAUAACACAGGUUCUCGUGCUGAGAGAUGUAAAUGCCCCUGACUGACCGGGAAGGGAGCGAGGUUGCUGGUGGGGGUUGGGGAAAGGGAAACGGAGGGAGAGAGCCGAAGCGAGAGAGGGGAGAAAGAGAGAGAGGGAGAGGGAGAGAGGGAGAGGCAGAGGGAGACAGAGAGAGAGAGAGAGAAGUGCUGCAUGCUUCAUCUUCGAGAGGAGGGAAAACAAAAGAGCUCAGCGGCAGUUUUGUGUUGCUGUGUCUGGCUUAAAGAGGAAAAUUCUAGACAUCCAUGUUGAACAAUCAAAGCUCAGCUGAGACUACUUCUAUCAAGAAAAUUAUUUUUAUCUGCGAAUGGGUUGGAUCAGUACAGGUGGUUUGAGAAGACACUGACUGAGGACCAUGGAAAGGUGGGAGAGGACGUGCGGCUUCUCUGCUUCCUCUGAACAGAGCUCUAGGCACCACAAGGCCACAUAAGGAGGGUGAGGUCCCUGGAGUGGAUUAUAUUUUCAUCACUGUUGAAGAUUUUAUGGAAUUGGAGAAAAGUGGUGCUCUCCUAGAAAGUGGGACUUAUGAAGACAAUUACUACGGUACCCCAAAGCCGCCAGCAGAACCAGCACCAUUGUUAUUAAAUGUAACAGACCAGAUACUUCCAGGAGCCACUCCAAGUGCUGAAGGAAAACGGAAGAGGAAUAAAUCAGUGAGCAACAUGGAGAAAGCCAGUAUAGAGCCUCCUGAGGAGGAAGAGGAAGAGAGGCCUGUGGUCAAUGGAAAUGGAGAAGCAGUAACACCAGAAUCCAGUGAACAUGAAGAUAAGAGUGCAGGUGCCUCAGGGGAGAUGCCCUCCCAGCCUUAUCCUGCCCCAGUGUACAGUCAGCCUGAGGAGCUGAAGGAGCAGAUGGAUGACACAAAGCCAACUAAACCUGAGGACAGUGAGGAACCAGACCCAUUGCCUGAUAACUGGGAAAUGGCCUAUACAGAGAAGGGUGAAGUCUACUUCAUUGACCAUAACACAAAGACAACAUCAUGGCUGGAUCCACGACUUGCGAAAAAGGCUAAACCUCCAGAAGAGUGCAAAGAAAAUGAGCUUCCAUAUGGCUGGGAAAAAAUCGAUGAUCCCAUUUAUGGCACUUAUUAUGUUGACCACAUAAAUAGAAGAACACAGUUUGAAAAUCCUGUCCUGGAAGCAAAAAGGAAGCUACAGCAACAUAACAUGCCCCACACAGAACUUGGAACAAAGCCUCUGCAGGCCCCAGGUUUCCGAGUAGACAGCUCCUCAUCGACAUUACCUAGGCCCAAAUCCAUCUGCCCCCGCGCUGCCCCGGAGAGGUCGCGCAGUGUGGAUGACUUGUCUUACUAUCAGCGUGACCCAGCAGGGAGGCCCUGGCUGUUCGAAAAACCACUCUUCACCCGGGAUGCAUCCCAGUUGAAGGGAACAUUCCUCAGCACCACCCUAAAAAAGAGCAACAUGGGUUUUGGAUUUACCAUAAUUGGUGGAGACGAGCCUGACGAGUUUCUGCAGGUGAAAAGUGUGAUUCCGGAUGGGCCUGCAGCACAGGAUGGAAAAAUGGAAACAGGUGAUGUCAUUGUCUAUAUUAAUGAAGUUUGUGUCCUUGGACACACUCACGCAGAUGUCGUCAAACUUUUCCAGUCUGUUCCUAUUGGUCAGAGUGUCAGCCUGGUGUUGUGUCGUGGCUACCCUUUGCCCUUCGAUCCUGAAGACCCUGCUAACAGCUUGGUGCCACCCCUUGCAAUAAUGGAGAGGCCGCCUCCAGUGAUGGUCAAUGGAAGACAUAACUAUGAAACAUAUUUGGAAUACAUUUCUCGGACCUCACAGUCGGUUCCUGAUAUAACAGAUCGGCCGUCUCAUUCUUUGCUCUCCAUGCCAGCUGAUGGUCAGCUAGAUGGCACGUAUCCACCGCCCGUCCAUGAUGACAAUGUGUCUAUGGCUUCAUCUGGGGCCACCCAAGCUGAACUUAUGACCUUAACCAUUGUGAAAGGUGCCCAGGGCUUCGGCUUCACUAUUGCUGACAGUCCUACAGGACAGCGGGUGAAACAAAUACUUGACAUUCAGGGAUGCCCUGGCCUGUGUGAAGGCGACCUCAUUGUUGAGAUCAACCAGCUGAAUGUACAGAACCUGAGCCAUACAGAAGUAGUGGAUAUACUUAAGGACUGUCCCAUUGGAAGUGAAACUUCUUUGAUUAUCCAUCGAGGAGGUUUCUUUUCUCCAUGGAAAACUCCAAAGCCUAUAAUGGACCGAUGGGAGAAUCAAGGCAGUCCUCAAACGAGUUUAUCUGCUCCAGCCAUACCACAGAACCUGCCCUUCCCACCUGCCCUUCACAGGAGCUCCUUUCCUGACUCAACAGAGGCCUUUGACCCACGGAAGCCUGAUCCAUAUGAGCUCUACGAGAAAUCUAGGGCCAUUUAUGAAAGUAGGCAACAAGUGCCACCCAGGACCAGUGUUCGAAUGGAUUCCUCUGGUCCAGAUUAUAAAGAAUUGGAUGUUCACCUUCGGAGGAUGGAGUCUGGAUUUGGCUUCAGAAUCCUCGGGGGAGAUGAGCCUGGACAGCCUAUUUUGAUUGGAGCCGUCAUUGCCAUGGGCUCAGCAGACAGAGACGGCCGCCUUCACCCAGGAGAUGAGCUUGUGUACGUUGAUGGGAUUCCAGUGGCUGGCAAAACCCACCGCUAUGUCAUCGACCUCAUGCACCAUGCAGCCCGCAAUGGGCAGGUCAAUCUCACUGUGAGAAGAAAGGUGCUAUGUGGAGGGGAGCCCUGCCCAGAAAACGGGAGAAGUCCAGGCUCUGUAUCCACCCACCACAGCUCUCCACGCAGUGACUACGCAACCUACACCAACAGCAACCAUGCUGCCCCCAGUAGCAAUGCCUCUCCUCCCGAAGGCUUCGCCUCCCACAGCCUGCAGACCAGUGAUGUGGUCAUUCACCGCAAAGAGAACGAGGGCUUUGGCUUUGUCAUCAUCAGCUCCCUGAACAGGCCUGAGUCUGGAUCUACUAUAACUGUGCCCCAUAAAAUCGGACGCAUCAUUGAUGGGAGUCCUGCAGAUCGCUGUGCAAAACUAAAAGUGGGAGACCGGAUCCUAGCAGUGAAUGGCCAGUCUAUCAUCAACAUGCCUCACGCUGACAUCGUGAAGCUCAUCAAGGAUGCAGGUCUUAGUGUCACCCUUCGCAUCAUUCCUCAGGAGGAGCUCAACAGCCCCACCUCGGCACCCAGCUCAGAGAAGCAGAGUCCCAUGGCGCAGCAGAGUCCCCUGGCACAGCAGAGUCCCCUGGCACAGCCAAGCCCAGCCACUCCCAACAGCCCCGUCGCCCAGCCAGCACCACCUCAACCACUUCAGCUGCAAGGCCAUGAAAAUAGUUACAGGUCAGAAGUGAAAGCAAGGCAAGAUGUGAAACCAGACAUUCGACAGCCUCCAUUCACAGACUACAGGCAGCCCCCGCUGGACUACAGGCAACCCCCAGGAGGCGAUUACCAGCAGCCCCCGCCCUUGGACUACAGGCAGCCUCCCCUGCUGGACUACAGGCAGCACUCCCCUGACACCAGGCAGUACCCUCUGUCGGACUACAGGCAGCCCCAGGAUUUUGAUUAUUUCACUGUGGACAUGGAGAAAGGAGCCAAAGGAUUUGGAUUCAGCAUUCGUGGAGGAAGGGAAUACAAAAUGGAUUUGUAUGUGCUGAGAUUGGCAGAAGAUGGACCAGCAAUAAGGAAUGGGAGAAUGAGGGUAGGAGAUCAAAUCAUUGAAAUCAACGGGGAAAGCACAAGGGACAUGACGCACGCCAGAGCCAUAGAACUCAUCAAAUCCGGAGGAAGAAGAGUGAGGCUGCUGCUCAAGAGAGGCACAGGACAGGUCCCAGAAUAUGGAAUGGUUCCUUCCAGUCUCUCCAUGUGCAUGAAAAGUGACAAGCAUGGGUCCCCAUAUUUCUACUUAUUGGGCCACCCUAAAGACACGGAAAGAUCCAAACUGGCUAGAACUGACAAUAGGAAGGACGAACCCGCCCCCUGGAGUUCUCCCGCUGCCGCCGCCCCAGGUCUGCCGGAAGUAGGCGUCUCCCUGGACGACGGCCUCGCUCCAUUCUCUCCAUCACAUCCAGCCCCACCCUCCGACCCUUCCCACCAGAUAAGCCCAGGCCCAACUUGGGAUAUCAAACGGGAACACGACGUUAGGAAACCAAAGGAGCUUUCAGCCUGCGGCCAGAAGAAGCAGCGCCUCGGGGAGCAGAGGGAGCGCUCGGCGAGUCCGCAGAGGGCCGCCCGGCCGAGGCUCGAGGAGGCGCCCGGCGGCCAGGGGCGGCCUGAGGCCGGCAGGCCCGCCUCGGAGGCCAGGGCGCCCGGGCCCGCGGCGGCGGACGCGGCGCGGGCGGGCGGGAAGGAGGCGCCCCGCGCGGCGGCGGGCUCCGAGCUCUGCAGGCGCGAAGGCUCCGGGGCUGCGCCCGCGUUCGCCGGCACGAGCGGCGGCGGCGCGCGGGAGGCCGAGGGCAGGGCAGGUGCGCGCGCGGGCCCCCGGCCUGGCCCGCGACCCCCGGGGGGCGCCCCCGCGCGCAAGGCCGCCGUCGCGCCGGGGCCCUGGAAGGUGCCGGGCUCCGACAAGCUGCCGGGCGUCCUCAAACCCGGCGCCUCGGCCGCCAGAUGAACCGCGCGGCCACGGCCCGCCCCCCAGCCCGCCUCGACGCAGGCCGUUCUUCUUAGGUUCUGUCUCACGGCGUUUUAAUUUAUUUUCACUGUCACACGCAUAGAUCCACGAGGCACCAGGCCUGGGAGCAUCGACGUGAAGUCCCACGUGUCCAGUGUGCAUGGGCGGCAGCGCGUCCACGCACAGACCUAAACUGAUCCUAAAGCCCCCGGUUCCAUUGUGGGGGCUUUGGCAGCUAUGGAAGAACCAAAAUAACGUGAAGAACAUCACAGAGAGACAGUGCAGUGUAGCUUUAGUUUAAGAAAAAUAUUCCUCCCCACUGCAUGAAGGAUUUGGAUGUCAUCCAAACUUUAUAUCAAGAAACCGGACAAGUUAAGAGCAAUCACAAACUGGAAUAUCGCCUUAAAAAUCAAACUGCACGGAGCAAGCUGAAACUGAGACAAGAUUAUAUCUUUUAAUUGAUCUAAAGCGUUGUAAAUAAAUUGUUCUCGACAUAUCUAGACAGGGGUUAAAGGGUUUCUUUGACACAUUCGGAACUGUUCACCCAUGACAUGUUUCCAUGGCUCACCCUUGGCAUCCAUCCUUGGUGUUAGCAGCAGCGUUCCCUGCCUUCUGCAGGAUGACUUAGAAAUCUAGUGAGUUUAUUGGUGUGAUGCCAUUUUUAUUGCCAUUUCUGUGAUCAAAUCUUAUUUCUGUACAUUUUCAGUGGUAGGAAAAAAAGGUUUUAAAAAUUGUAUCCUAGGGAACGGUUUGCUGUAAGUCAGAAUUUUGCAGUUUAGCUCAUAGGUCUUAAUUGGUUUUUCUCUAAACUAUAAAUUUUAUAAUUGAAGGACCACAAUUUGUUUAAUCAAGAUUGGCAACGCUGCAGUUCCUUUAUGAAGAGGCUUUUCUGUCGUCCCAGGCUAGCAGAGAUGGAUAGCUUCUUUGUCAGCAAUGUGAUAUUUCACUUAUUUUUUUGUCUUAUUUUAAACCCUCUCUCCAUGACUUCAUUUGCACUUUGACAGAGGGAGGCAGAGUAUUUGUCUUAUAUUUCUCAGAUUAUAAUGAAUCUCUAAUAUUAAAAAAUUAUAACCAAUUUAUUUUCAUUAAAGAACGUGAGUCCGUUUAGCAUUCCUUUCUGCUUAUCUUUCUUCCUUUUGUUUCCAUUGGUUUGCUUUUGUCUUGUAUUCUUUGUCAGUUUUUUAUUUUGUUAGCAACCUCUAGAUGUUUAUCUCCAUGAAUCUGUGAUUGGCCUCCUAGUAAAAUUCUAAGGCUUGCCUUUCUUCCCCGCUAUUUUAGCAUUUCUUUGUUAAAUAUCAGCUUCAAUUAAUUAUCCAUUGGUACUUACUGUAGCUACACAUACUAAAAGGCAAAGUGUUUCUGAAGGCAAUUUUUUUUAAUAUGACGUAAAUGAAUGAGGCUUCAUCCUUCCCAUAUUCUUACUCUUUACAGGCGUUCAAAUGCAAAUAAGCUUCACCUCCCUACACUGUAGUCUAAUUAAAAGAGGCGAUAAGGUCUGUCUCAAAGGUCACACAUAAUAGCCUUCCUGGACUGACUGUUCCCCCUCCUUGUAAUUGCAGUAUCCUGAGUAGCAGUUUAAUCAUCAGACAUCGGAGUAGUUUAGUUGUUUGACACGAGGAGAAUAAGGUUGAAAGCCUCAAGUGAAGGGUCUUGCAGCUUGUAAAAGCAGUGUCCGAAAAUGAAACCCAUCCAUCAUAAACAAAAGCACAAACACUUGUAGCAGUUUAUAACGCUUUUGGUUUAAUCUCAAUUAGUCUUUCUCCCCUGGACUAGAAAUCCAGUAUAGUUUGCCAUUAAUUUAUUGAAUCUGGUUUUGGACAAUGCUUCUGUAGUGUAGCUGCACGUCCUGGUACUGUAUCCUCUGACCUUUAUUUUCCAUGUGUUACAAAAGGAAAAAAAAAUUGAGAUUACACUGGCAUAAACUCUAAUUUGCACAGUUCACAGCUACUACUUGUGCAGUAAUUGCUUUAUGCGGCUGUAAUCCAUAACCUGUGAAGACAGCACAUCAUCUAAAUCCCAUUCCAAAUAAUAUUUCUGUGUAGUGUUAGCUGUGAAUUUACCCUGUACAGCUGUAUCUCUAUAAAUAUAAUUUCAUGUAUUAAUAGUCACAGAAAGACUGUAAGUGAGCAACUAUUUUUAUGAAACGCACCACUAUGGAUAAAUUAACUUUUACAGAAAUCUUGUUUACUGUAUGAUAUUCUAAAACACUGUCAAAUAAAAUAUAUAUCCAAAAA